AUGGAAAUCCUUCAUAACCAUAAAAUCCAUAUCCCUCUAUUUUCUCUGUUUUUCUUGCUCCUCCACUUCUCAUCCCUUCACUUUCUCUCUUUAGCCUAUGCGCAAACUGAUAAGUAUUUCGUCAAUUGUGGGUCUCAAGCUGAUGCAAACCUCAAUGACCGGGUGUUCACUGCAGACUCGAGUUCUGGUUUUUUGUGCUCAGACUCGGAGAAAAGCAGGGCCAUUGAAAGCACCAACCAGUCGCGAAAUCUGUACCAAACAGCAAGAAUUUUCUACAACCAAUCCCACUAUGAGUUCACGAUCGCUGAAAACGGUACUUAUAUUGUCCGUCUGCAUUUCUUGGUUUUCUCCUCCUCAGUUAAUCUUUCAUCAGCUCUUUUUGAUGUUUCGGCUUUUCCUACUGUUUCAAAUUUUGGGUUCAAACUGUUGAACAAUUUCACUGCCAAGAACAGUAGCAACUCUGCUUUGAUAGAGGAGUUCUUUCUUGCCAUUGGUCCUGGCUCAUUGAAAUUAUAUUUUACACCUCAAGGAUCAUCUUUUGCAUUUGUAAAUGCCAUUGAAGUCUUCCGUGCACCUUUGAAAUUCAGCCCUCAGAAUUACAGCAGUAGUUUUCCUUUAGUUCUACGUACAACUUACAGGGUGAAUGUUGGAGGCCAAAACAUCACACCAGAUAAUGACAGAAUAUGGAGAAAAUGGGAACAAGAUGAUACAUAUUUGUCUAAUUCAAAUUCUUCAGAGGAUAGCCGACCCUCCUCACAGACGCUUAUUAGACAGUCGGUAGAAUCUGAUGGUUUCGUUGGUGCUGAUAAUGAUUUUAUUGCUCCAGAUUUAGUUUACCUGACUGCCAAAUUGAUGACCGAUAGUACUAACGGGCUAUCCAAACCCUUCAACAUAACCUGGUCUUUUAAUGUGAGUGCGGAUGCUAGACACCUCGUCCGGGUUCACUUCUGUGACAUUAUUGGUCCGCCUGGUAAUUUAGUAUUCAACUUGUAUUCAAAUGGAAACUUCAUUAAGAAGGUUGGUGGACCCGAUUUCAAUUUUAAUAGCCUGUACUGGCCUUUCUACUAUGAUUUUGUAUUGAGUUCUAAUAUAUCUGAAUUCAUUAACAUCAGCAUAGGCCCUAGCAUAGACACAACAACUAACAAUUCCUUUCUAAAUGGACUGGAAAUGUUGGAGAUAAUAGAGGGACCAGCUUUAAGUAACCCUCCAGCUUCAGUUUGUAAUAUGAAAGGGCCCAAUAAGAUAAAGGUGGGUCUUGUGGUUGGUUCAGUUAUUGGAGGCCUGUCACUUAUCUGCAUUCUGAUUGUCGGAAUCUUGUUCAGUUUGAAAUACAGAAAGGCAAAGCGUGUUGAAACUUCGGAAUGGUCACCAAUGCCUGCAUUUGGAGGAGGGAGUACCCACAGCAGGUUGACUGAUGGAACUAUUACUGGUUCCCCAAUGAAUUAUCUAAAUCUUGGGUUGAAGAUAUCUUUUGCUGAACUUCAGCAAGCAACAAACAACUUUGACACAAAAUUGUUGAUAGGUGAGGGUGGCUUUGGGAAUGUCUACAGGGGAACUCUGUUGAAUGGCAGAAAUGUAGCUGUCAAGCGAGGUAGACGAGAUGAGCAAGGGUCAGGCCAAGGCCUUCCAGAAUUUCAAACAGAGAUCAUGGUUUUGUCCCAGAUUCGCCACCGCCAUCUUGUUUCCUUAAUUGGAUACUGUGAUGAAAGGUCUGAGAUGAUACUGGUCUACGAGUUCAUGGAAAAAGGGAGCUUGAGAGAUCAUUUAUAUAAUUCAAACUUGCCUCCCUUGCCAUGGAAGCAAAGGCUUGAAAUUUGCAUUGGUGCAGCAAGGGGUCUUCAUUACCUCCACAGAGGUGCAGCUGGGGGAAUCAUUCACCGAGAUGUUAAGUCCACCAACAUCUUGUUGGAUGAAAACCAUAUUGCCAAAGUUGCUGACUUUGGCCUUUCAAGAUCUGGUCCUCUUGAUGAAACGCAUGUCAGCACAAAUGUUAAAGGCACUUUUGGUUACCUUGAUCCUGAAUACAUAAUACCUGCUAUUGAUACAAUGCUCCCAAGAGACCAAAUGAAUUUAGCUGAAUGGGGAAUGCUUUGCAAGAAGAAAGGGUUGCUUGAACAGAUUGUUGACUCUUCAAUCAAGAAUCAGAUUGAUCCUAGCUCAUUCAGAAAUUUUAGUGAGACAGCAGAGAAAUGCUUGCAAGAAGAUGCUAAUGAUAGGCCUACAAUGGGUGAUGUGCUGUGGGACUUGGAGUAUGCAUUCCAGCUCCAGCAAACAGCAAAGCAUAGAGAACCCCAUGAAGACAGCACAGCCAAUGCUUCAUCAGCAUUUGUAUUGCCAAAUGUUCAGCGUUUUCCUUCAGUUAGCUCCACGAUUAACAUGGAUGAUCUGGCUCUUGCCGGAAGCGAUGAAUUAGAUACAACAGAAGUUGAAGUUUUCUCCCUAUUGAGAGUUGGUGAUGCCAGAUAA